UCUCCUUCUCACCUGCUCCCAAGCAUCUCUCUUCCAUGCUUCCCCUCUCCACCAAGCGCCCCAUUUGCGACAAUAAACCUCCGCAAGCCAACAUAACCAACCUAAAACACCAACAAAUUAAGAUGGCCGAGCAGCAGCAUAUACCAGGAAGCGCUAAAAGAAUCAGUAGCACCACCAUCCUCUACGCCACGCUCUCCGGCCUCGCCAUUGGAGGUCUAUUACUCGGUAUGAUGGGCUUCACUCUCAUAGCCUCCCUAACUCUCCUCCUUGUAGCUUCCCCUCUUCUACUGCUCUUCAGCCCCAUAAUUCUCCCGGCCGCCUUCGUGGUUGCCGCCUCGAUGGCCGGCUUCAGCUUCGCUGCGGCCAUGGCUGUUGUGGGGGUCUCAGCUCUCAAUAAUGUCCGAAGGGGACCGCCCGUGGCGAUCAGCCGGAUGAUUGAGACCAAGACGGAGUCCCGGCAGAGAGUGAAGGAAGAAUGGGUGGACCAUGGUGGCUGCAUGCAUCAUACUGUUGAGGUUCUUCCAUCUGAGAAUGAGAACGUAGUAAAUAGAGAAUAAAUUGAUAGCGUUAGGAGGCUGUGAAAGUUGACAAGGUAGAGACUUUUGUCGGAUGUUUAUCUCUGUUUUACUGUUGAUGCAUGUUUCUAAUGUAGCACAACAUCUUUCUUUUUUGUUUUGCCCCCUAAUGAAAUGAAGAAGAUUGAGUAGCAACAGUGAU